AUAGUAGUAGUGUAUGGCGUAUGACUUUGCAUAAAACAGUAUAUAAAGAGGCCUAAAAUUCCAACUAGAGAUCCACAAGAGGCAUUGAUAGAUUCAAAACACAAGUGUUUUUAGCUAGUAAUAACAUAAGAUUAUGGGUGAAGAAGUGAAGGUAUAUGGUCAUUGGAGAAGCCCUUUUAGUCGCGGAGUUGAUAUAGCACUGAAACUCAAAGGUGUUGAGUACAAAUACUAUGAAGAAGAUUUGAGUAACAAGAGUGCUUCACUUCUCAAAUACAACCCAAUUCACAAGAAAGUCCCUACCUUUGUCCACAAUGAAAAACCCUUAGCCGAGUCACUUGUUAUUCUUGAAUACAUCGAUGAUACUUGGAAAAGUCACCCUAUUUUGCCCCAAGACCCCUACCAAAGAGCUUGUGUUCGUUUUUGGGCUCGCUUCAUCGACGAUAAGGUCAUUCCAACAUUAUGGAAAGCCAUCUGGGUCAAGGAAGAGCAGGAAAGGACAUUAGAAGAAGUGAUUGGGUAUCUAGAGUUUCUAGAGAAAGAGCUCAAAGACAAAUACUUUGGGGGAGAAAGUAUUGGGCUUUUGGACAUAGUAGCAAUUUUCAUAGCCCAUUGGGUACCAGUUUUUCAACAGCUUGUGGGAAUAGAGAUAUUGACAGAGACCAAAUUUCCCAAGCUUUGUAAAUGGAGCCAUGACUUUGUGACUCAUGAUGUUGUGAUAAAAAUUCUUCCUCUUAAAGAAGACAUUAUUGCUUUCUUUAUCCCUCGUUUGGACACCAUGAAAAAAACUGGUGGUUUAAGUACCACUAUAUAUCAGAGUGUAUAAUUAAUGUAUUUAAGGAAAAAGUGUAUUUUCACAAAUUUACACUGAAAUAUUAUUAUAUAUUUGAUAGAUUA